GUGUGACCUGUGUAUAAAAGGGAGUGUUAGUAACGGUGAACCCAGAGUUAGGAGAUUAGAAGAUGGAGGGGACAUCAUCAGAUGAAAGCACGGUGAGAAUUGAUGAGUAUGAUCAUGAACGCUGGAUAAAAGAGCUGAAGGAAGAAUUAAAAAAAGGCAAGUGGGAGACUAUCGAAGGAAUCAUCCGCAAGAAUCCAACUGAACCAUUGAAAGCUAAGCUAAAUGACAAUGGAGAUACACUGCUCCUCUUGGCCUUCAAGGGAGGAAAAAAAGGGUUAUCCGUAACCAAAAAUCUGGUGGAUAUGAUGAGUUCAGAUUCAGAUUUACUGGCUGAGACAGACAACUUUGGGAAUACAGCGCUUCACAUAGCAGCAAAUGUUGGAGUUGUUCGAGAUGCCAGAAAGCUUGUGGGAAACAAUGAAAGUUUGGUGAAUAUUUUCAACAAAGAUGGACUUUUGCCGAUUCAAAUAGCACUGAGUCGUCGAGAUCUAGCAAAUGCUUACUUCAUGGCUUCUUACUUGUUAGGAGUCAUGAAAGAGGAAAGAAAUUCAGCUCAACUCAAAGAUGCAGCCGGUGCGAGUGUUAUGCAAUCUUUAGUAAAAGCUGGAUUUUAUGAGUUGGCUCUUGAUUUACUCCAUUACAACAAGAAUCUGGCAUGGGAAGGAGAUAUCAGUCCUUUACAGCAGAUGGCUAGUGAUCCGGGUGGUUUCGGAAGUGGACGUCGCUUGAGUGGUUGGUCGUCCUUAAUCUAUUCGUUAAAAUAUAUCGGUAAGUUUCCUUUCCUAUAUUCUAUUCAUUAACAAAUAUCAAUCUGUUGUUUCUCGUGCAUGAAUAUUCACAAUACUGCUACUUUGAUUCACAAAUUUUCGGCAUUUCUAGUUAUAAUCCAAAUGUAUGCGCAAGGUUAUUACUUGUAUUUAUAAUCAAACAAUAUCUAAAGGCUACGGGUUGGUCCUUUUUCUGCAAGAUUUUCACCGUAUACAAGUAUGAUGAAAUCACCAAAUUCCUCA